GACAGACAAAGAACCUCUGGGUUUAUAAAGUACGUAGCCCGCCUUCGCUCCUCUCCCCCAGGGAUAACAUACAAAAGGGGAGAGGGAAGGGGGCAAAUCAAAUAUAAAGGUCAAGAAACCAACGAAGAAGAAAAUGACCAGAGGACGAGGCUGCACAUCAAAAUACUUUAAAAAAAGAAAUACACAACGAGGCUCUACACACACAGGACGUGACCACAUCUGAGAUGAUGGAGGGGAAGAACAGCGUUGGACAUUUGAUGGAGGAAGACGUGGUGGAUGUGCAAAUCAGACCCAAAUGGGCAAAUGGUCAGUGUGUUCUGGCGAUGCCGACCUCUUCCACACUUAAUCCAAGUUUUGAUCUGUCCCAGUGUCGGGCCAAGCUGGAGGAUGAUGGCUUUGAGAUUCCAGUCAGAGACAUGGAGGCUGCACUGAAGACAGCUCUAGACGUCCCCUCAGUCAGGAGAUACAUGGUUUUCAAUUCGGCACUCUUCCAUUUCAUAUUUGCACCGAUCCUCUACAUGGUCGUGUGGUGCGCUGUGUUUUCCACGCUCCACACCUACAUCACUGUGAGUGACUACUGGGUCCUCUGCCUCUCUGUCAGCCUGGUCGCUAUCUUCAUCACCACAGCCAUCAUCUUCAUCCUCCAUCACAGUAACAAAGAUAUCAACAUGAACCUGGACGUUCGGUUAAUCCAGGUGAAUGAGAGGAUGUCGAAACACAAGCUGCUGGUGGCCGUUGCUGACUGGGUGCAAAACUGCAAUGGAAACAUGAAGCUCUACUUUGUGUACUGGGACAUGUCCCACUGCCUGAGAGCUCUGACUGAAACUUUAGAGGAGCUCAGCUUUGUGGGGAAAGACAUCCAGAAAAAAAUGAAGAAGAAAAUGUCACAUCUAGUCCUGGUGACCGAGGUAAACCCUGAGGGCAGUGGGUCAGAUAUGGAACAGGACUUGGAUGAACAGAGGCCUCUGCUGGGAGAAGAGGAGAUGAGCUGCAGUACCACAUCCAGCCAGCGGGAGGACGCCAAAGUCACCACAAGUAACAUCCUGCUCCCUGAUGAGUCACUACCUGUGCAGGCCAAAGCCUACCAGCUUCUGAUGACCUACAGUGCUGCUUAUGUGAAGCUGCUGGUGUCACAGAGGCUGUCACGACCUCCACACCACCGCCUACAUCCCGAGAGGAAUCACUGCAGCACCGCCCCCCUCUGCCUCUGUCAGUUCAUCAAAAAGAAGAUCCUUCAAUGACAGAGCUGACCAGCGUCAACACGGGGAGCUGGACUGAUGGACUUUUACACUGCAGACAAACUGAGGACGGAGCAUUUCUGUGACAAACAUGGUCAUUGUUACAUGUUCUGAUCAAAUGAAGGACCUGUUUGGAGCUCCACACUCUGAUUUCUAGCCACUGCACCUCUGCUGUUGUGUGCAUGCCAGCUCUGUGUUUGCACCACCUGGGUCCAUCUGAUCCCAACAAUCUCUGCAACCUGCCAAAAGCUGUCAUGCAGGGAACACACUGAGGUCUACUCCAGCUGCUGUAAAACAACAUUUGUACAUUUUGUACACACGACAAUUAACGCUGUUUAAACUGUUUGCAUAAGUAUUUAUUAUCUCUCCGUGUAGUUUCAUUUCGACAGAUUCUGCAGAUUUUGCCUUCCUGGUUAAAGUGAAUUUGAUUGUGAGAAGAAAUGUGCUUAUCAAA